AUGGCUUCAGCCAAAGUGUUUGCAAAGCUUCAAGCAGACCAAAACUCGAUAACCCAACUAGCAGAACAUCAUUCAAAGCAAGGCUCCAAUCUAUCCAACUCUUCUCUUGCGAAAAGAGCGAGCUUAGCAGCACAGCGAUGGCACCAGAACGUAUUAGCAAACCAAGCAUCAGCGCAAAACAAAUUUCCGCCUUCACGAGAUGAGAAGGAGUUGCUAAAACGCCACCAGAAAGAUCCACCAUCCCUCUGUCUUCAUUUAUAUCCAACCUACUUCAAAUUCGAGCACGAGGAUGGUUUCUUUUCGUACAAGAGUCAAUUCAAGGAAUUUCUGGCUUGCAUCAAAGAUAAACGAUUACCAGGCGAUCUCAUGGAUGUGUUUGACGAAGCUCAGUGUCGAUAUUAUGAUGGCUGCUUGAUUGUCGAGAUCCACGAUCAUCGAGGACAAAACACCGAAACAACAGCAAUCACGAAGCGCAUUGUGAUGAAACCAACAGCAGAGAGUAUAUGGACGGAUAUCAAUCUAUUGAGUGAAGAGUGGGGAUUUCCAUGGACAGAGAGCAUUGCUUUGCAAGUGGAGGCACAAAUCCUUAUUGCUACAGAGGAACCCCUGUGUCUCGAUCCCACAAUUCAAGUAACUCGUAUCAGCAAUGCGUUGGAAUUCACCACCGGGCAUAGACGACCUAAACGAAAAGCAAAAUACAAUUCUGUCGAGCGAGAGCAAAAAUUAGCAAAGAAGGCAGAAAAUAACAAAUUAAUGACAUUGAUGGAUUCCAGAGCAAAACGCACAUUUCCCUUUGAGCCAAGCUUUGGAAAAAUAUCAUUUGUACAAGAUUGGAGAUCGAAAAAGAGCAAACAAGGAUCAGAAGCAUUGUCAGCGAUCGAUAUCAAGAAGGGGAAGGGCAGAAAGAGUGUCAGCAGUGAAGUGCCUGUUUUAUCGGACGGUAGAAAGUGUGUACGAACGAUUCGAUUUGAGCGAUCUGAAGCCGACAAGAAGGUGUAUACAAUUGUGAAUAUCUAUGUAUAUAAUGGUGAUUAUGAUGGUGUCUUUCGUUGGGGCACUGUAUACGAUACCAGUGUGAAUGGAGGCAAUAUUGAUUUCAAUAUUGGCCCUGAAUUCUUGAUGGAAACCUAUGUGCUCUCUCUGAAAUCAACCUACGGUCAAUUCAAUACAAUUGUUUGCGAUAAUUCUAAUGCCAAUAUCGCGCCCGUACCGCCAUCGCCUUCCACUGCACGUAUACCUACCAGCAUGCAACAGCAGACGCAACAGCAAGCGCAACAGCAAGCUGCCACCAACUUUCAAUUGCAACAAUUACAUGCCCAACAAAAUCGUGCGAUGCAAGCAAAGGCUGCCAUGCUUCCUGCUCAUCAAAGAGCUUUGCUUGCUCAGGCUCAAGCCCAACAACAGCAACAACAAGCUCAGCAACAACAAGCUGCUCAGCAACAGCAGCAGCAACAGACUCAACAGCAAAAUGCUCUAAGUCAAGCUCAAAUACAAGCACAAGCACAGGCACAGGCACAAGCACAGGCUGCUCAGCAGGCUCAAGUCCAAGCCCUUGCUCAGGCUCAAGCCCAAGCUCAAGCACAAGCACAGGCCCAGGCACAAGCUCAAGCACAUGCUCAAGCACAGGCUGCUCAACAGGCCCAGGCACAAGCUCUUGCUCAAAGCCAGUCUCAAGCUCAUAUGCAACAACUACAACAACAAGCUCAAUCGCGAGCAUCUACUCCAUCUCAAUCUCAUUUGAGCACACCCACUAUAUCACAUGCAACUCCGUUACAACAAUCUGCAUCUUUACCUCGUCAAUCACUGGCAUUACCUGGCAGUGGCAUGAAAUCGCAACAACAAACACCCACUCAAGCACAAGCUCAGCUUUCUGCACAACACAUGGCUGCCUUACAGCAACAGCAGCAGCAGCAACAGCAACAAGCUGCUAUGCAAUCCUUGGCUUUACCACAACGAGCUGCUCAAGCAUCCGUACCUACUUCACAAAUCAACAACAUGCUGCCUACCAAUGUUGUUAACACACCGCAACAACAACCUCAAGGCAUGACAGCUAUACAGCAAGCUGCUCUUCAGCAAGCUCUCAGUGGAGGCAAUAGUCAACAAAUCACACCACAGGCUUCGUUACAGAGAAUUCAGCAAUUGGUUGCUACUGGCGCUAUACCCCUUGCCACUGCUCAGCAGCUGGUCAGUCAGUUGGCCAAUUCUGGAAACCUACAAAGACAGCAAGCUGCUGCUGCUGCUGCUGCUGCCGCUGCCGCUCAACAGCAACAACAACAGCAACAAGCAUUGCAGGCUCAACAGCAAGCGCAACAACAACAACAACAACAACAACAACAACAGGUACAACAGCAGCAGCAAUUCAACCAGCAAUCGCCUGUUCAGCAACGCAUGCAGCAACAGCAACAGCAGCAACAACAACAACAACAAGUACCCAACACUGCGCAAUCACAAGCUAGUGUAGCAGCAUCACAAUUGUUGGCACAAAUGAGUCCUCAUCAUCAACAGCAAAUGGGCGUGUUGAUGGUACGUCGUAAUCAUUUAGCUCAGCUUGCUCAACAGAGAAGUAUAUCACCAGAAGAGCUACAGGUUCAAAUUCGACAACUACAACAAUUACAGCAAGGUAUUCUUCAAGCCCAUCAACAGCAGCAGCAACAAGCACAGCUUCAAGCGCAACAACAAGCGCAACAGCAAGCAUUGCAACAGGCACAGGCACAGGCACAGGCACGCGCUGCUGCUGCUGCCCAAGCUGGACGUACACCGCAACUGUCUGCACAUCAAAUACCUACUCAACAGCAGCAAGGUACACCGCAACAGCAGCCGCAACAAGUGCCGCAACAAGGAUCUCCUGCUCCUAAUGCACAGAUCAAUGCACAACAAGCGCAAAUUCUUCAACAGUUGAUGAUGCAAAGAAAUUUGAAUGCCAUGAGAGGUAGAGGACGAGGUGGAGUAGCAGCAGGACAAGGUGCAGGAGGCCCAUUGACCCAGCAGCAAUUGGCCGCACUUCAGGCCAUGCGUCAAAAUGGCGGUAUGAUGCGCAAUGUACAAGACUUGAACAGAUCAGCAAUGAUGGCAGGGCUUGGUCCCAAUCGCAUCAACACGGCAGCACUACAAGCCGCCGCUGCUGCUGCUGCUGCUCAACAACAACAACAGCAGCAGCAGGCUGCUACAGGUACAUCAGGUACACCUGGAUUGACUUCGGUUGCAGCUCCUGGUAAUGGCACACCCAAUGUGUCCGCAGCAACGCUCUUGGGACAACAAGCACAGGGAUUACAGCAAUUUCAAAUGAAUUUACAAUUUCAACAACAACAGGCAGCGGCAGCAGCAGCUGCUCAACAACGAAACAACAUGAUGAACUUCCAGCAACAACAACAACAGCAGCAGCAGCAAGGCAAUAACGCACCGAAUAGUAAUAAUGCCAACCCUAACUCUUAA